CGGCGCAUAGUGAUCCGCUUUGCCCGCCCCGUCGCUGGCGUCGGAGGUCCCGGAAGCGUAGCCGGGACUGUUGGCGAUGAUGGAGGAGAGUCCGGCUGCUGAGGAGGCGGCUGCGGCCGCGCUGCUGACGGCCCCGCCGGGCGGCGGCGGGCCGGGAUCCGGAACAGGCGGCGGGGGGGCGAGUGUGUUCCUGCCGGCCGACCUGUGGGCGGUGGCGGGGCUGGGCUCGACUGGAGCGGGAUCCGGAGCGGGAUCCGGAGCAGGCUCUGGCGGGACCUCGGUGCCUGGGAUCCCCCCUGCCGCUGCCGCCGCUGCCGGAGUGCUGCUCUCGCACGCGGCCUUCUGGGACCCCACGACCAGCGGCGACUGGGACGGAGAGAGGGCGAGCACUGCAUGCCUGUUGCGCAUCAAACGGGAUAUCAUGUCCAUUUAUAAGGAACCACCACCUGGAAUGUUUGUUGUGCCUGACCCUCAUGAUAUGACCAAGAUUCAUGCGUUGAUCACAGGCCCCUUUGACACGCCUUACGAAGGGGGUUUCUUCUUGUUCCUGUUUCGCUGUCCUCCAGAUUAUCCCAUCCAUCCACCGCGAGUCAAACUGAUGACAACUGGAAAUAACACAGUGAGGUUUAAUCCUAACUUCUACCGCAAUGGGAAGGUCUGCCUCAGUAUUCUAGGCACGUGGACUGGUCCAGCCUGGAGUCCUGCACAGAGCAUUUCUUCAGUCCUUAUCUCCAUACAGUCCUUAAUGACCGAGAACCCGUAUCACAAUGAACCCGGCUUUGAACAGGAAAGACAUCCAGGAGACAGUAAAAACUACAAUGAGUGCAUUCGACAUGAGACCAUCCGGGUUGCCGUCUGCGACAUGCUAGAAGGAAAAUGUCCCUGUCCAGAACCCUUACGGGGAGUUAUGGAAAAGUCCUUCAUGGAAUAUUAUGAUUUUUACGAGGCGGUAUGCAGAGAGAGGGUCCAUCUCCAAGGGCAGACGAUGCAGGAUCCAUUUGGUGAGAAGCGAGGACACUUUGACUACCAGUCCCUCCUAGUGCGUUUGCAAGGAAUCCGUCUGAAGGUACAGGAGAAACACCAGCAGGAGAACCUGGAUAUAGACUCAGAAAGCAGCUCCUCUGAGACAGAGACAGACACUCAAGGGAGCAUGAAGGCUUAGAUGCCUCCCACCUGACUUCGUAAGAACCUGAGACAUGGGAGUGGGAUCUUCGGGCUCCAGGCACUGCGGAGUCCCCUGGAGAGAUCCAAGAACCAGCCUGGUUCCAGAGAGGAGAAAACAUGGACUGGAGAAGCAUCCUUUGCUUGCCUCCUUCAGUGCUCUGGUACAUGCUGUUAAACACAAAGAGGAUUUGAUGCUAACAUUGACCUGAGCUUGUGAUAGGCUGUAUUUUCAAAACGAUCCUUUCUCUGCUGGAGAUCUAUGAACAAACGGCAUAAAGGCAUUCUGGAAGAACCUGUGAUGGGUGGGUUCCCCCGCCUUGAUUCUCAAAGAGCAUGAGGUAGAGCAGGACUCUUUGUUCUGUCGUCCUUGUUUCCAAACAUACUGCUUGCACCUAGCACCUCCCUUCCAGCUUGCCUCCACACAGUGGGCUCCCAGCCAUCCAAGUCCAUUACAGCACUUUUGGCAGCUCUGGUAACAAGCGUCCCAUUUUUCCAUAUUCGUUUUAUUGUAGCUUACCGGUUGGGUUGGUAUUGCCUGUCCUAGACAGACCAAAGAGGAGGAGCUUCUGCUGUAACUGGGUUUUUUUGUGAUCAUUAAAAACACAAAAUCAAAGCUUUAUUCAAUUGAACUCCUUUCCCCCUCCAACACACACUUUGAAUUCAGGUAGGGAUACAAUAAAAGGCAAGUCAGAAGAAUUCUAAAUUUAAGUAUUUUAACCUUGUGAGCAGCUAUCACCCUUCCAAAGGUUAAAUUUCUUGCUUCACAUUAAACGUUUUUUUAAAGUUCUAGCAAGAAAAGGUCAUUUAUUCCCCUUUUCCAAGCCUGUUUUAGCAUUACAGUUCAGGGAAAAAGGGCAAGCUACAGAGGAGAACCAAUUCUGUACUCUUGAUGUUGUUUGCACAAGAAAAGAGCAACUAUAAUUGUAGCAAGAACAACAAAAACAAGAGUGAUAUUUACCUGAAGCUUGGAAGAUACAACAGCAGGCUCUGCUGUUCAUGUUACUAGGGUCUCCUUCCUUUGGGAAUGUGCUUAAAGAUUUAGUGAUGACAAAAGAAUGCAAGUAGUGGAAGAAACUUGGUCAGUGUUGAUCAGUGUCAUAAUUGUAAGCCUGGGGAGCAAACAGAAACUGGUGGAAGACAGGAGGUCUUUUUUUUAACUGACGUACUGAAUUGCAUGCAUGCAUCUGUCUCUCAAACUUGCCAAAUUCCUUUCUCUCUGAUCACUUCCUCAUGAGGUAGAUGAAGAUACAGCUUUUGAUGAUCAAAAUGUGGAGUGUUUGUAUCCAUCCCCUCAGCUGGCAUUUUUUUCUUUUUUGAGAAAGUCCAGAAACUGUGGGAGCGUGCCUUUUGGGGCUUCUAGGCACUGCUUGGAGCAGUCUGAAAAUAAGAAACUGAAAGCAGCUCCCAUACAUUCAGGUCAGCUGUAUGUCCUGACCCAAAGGUUGUGGGGGGCAUUUUGCAGGCAGAUUUGCUGUACCAGCCAAGCCAAUGGGAAGGAUUGUGCUUGGCCACCCCAGUAGCAGUCAUGGAACCAGGCAGGUAACCCCCCGUGUGCUGCUAGGCACUGUUUAGGUGCUGACUCUGCAGCAGGCACGCAGCCUUCAAGCUGCUCUUGCUCCUUUCUGGCUCAUGGAGCAGGAAGGUGAGCUGAUGCUUUAAUAGAGCUUUCUUUUGGGCAAAACUUAAUUUCUGUGCAUUUGCUUUCAGGGUGAGAUGGAAUUCUCUCUCUCUCUUCCCCCGUCUCUCCCGAGGGUUACAAAUAGCUGGUGCAAUCAAAUACAAAGUGUAAUCCACCUUUGCAUGUAGAUGCCUUGUAGAGGGGAUGGGGUGAACUGUAUCAUGUUAAUUUUAAUCUCAUUGGUGCAAUUCAACAAAUGUCAGAUGCAUUUAGCCCCCAUUGAAAUCAAAGAGACUUUGAGUGCACAGUUCAUCUUUUAAGUCCUGCUGAACUCAGCAGGACUUAAGUAGGCCUUAUAUUCUCCAUUCUGUGCCAACCGUAUACAUUUGGCAUUCCCCAUUCUAUAGUCACCAAGGCUAGGUGUGCUUUCAUGUCAGAGCACCUGUGAUUUCAGAGAUCUUAAUUCCAGAUGCAUGUUGGCUGUUGAACCAUUAGAUACAUUUAUUUGAAACAAAACAUGAAAAUGCCUUAUGUGGUUGUUUCUUUCACACAGCUCGCAUGUGGAUGUAAGAAAAAAAAAAAGGAAUGGUUUCUAGCUGCCCAUUGUCAUCUGUUUUUUGAAUGUUUUCCAUUUCAGAAAGUGACAAUCCUAGAUGACUGAUCUAGACCAAUGUUUAGUGAAAGAAUUUUAGGCCUAACAAGCUAAAAAUAAUAAUGCACAAGGGUCUUCAAAUAAAGCUUGUUUAUAUACAGUUGUACAUAAAGGGUUUUUUUGUGCAAUAAAGUUUGUUUUGGCAAAAUCUGAA